GCAGUUAAUGUUGUGAAUGGGAUGGGGAAAAAAAUCUAGCCUAUCAACAUAACCGUUAAGUAUAUAAGUUUAUACUCAACAUUAAAUUUUAUAAUUUUUGUUUAUUUUUGCAAAUAACUAAUUGUGAUUUUAUACAUGAUAGGUUAUUAAGAUCUAUGUCAUUUUUAUAAAUCUUAUGUUAGAACUAUUUCAAAGUUGUAGGUUUAGGGCUGGUGGACUUUGAGCAAAAAAUUAAGAUGAAUCGGUUUUAGCUUUGUUCAAAAAUUUUUAUUUGAAUAGUUUAUAAAAUUGAUCAAUAAAACAGUGUUAUAUAGCAGCAUUGAUGCAACAAGAUGGGGCUCGAUUUUGAUGUGCUGGAAUUCUGUCGCAAACUACGCACCUCAAAUAAGCCACCAUACACAUGUCCUGUGGUGGAAUGUGGAAAGGAAUACAAGAGUAUGUGCGGUCUGCAGUACCAUUUGGUAAAUUUUGACCAUGACAACCCACAGAGCGUUGUGGCGCAUACUCAAACUCCACAGUUCGCUGACACUCCCCCAAAAAUGGCCAUACCUAAAGUCUCACCUUCUUUGGUAUCGUCACAACCGCCAUCCAAGAAACGAAAAAAGGGGCAUGGCCGUUGGAGUCACACACCGCGUAUGAAGACUCCGCUAAAGCUAGUGGAGUCUGUGACCACUCCCCCACGUGAGGGUUUGACUUAUGCUGAGGCUCAGAAGCUGGUAGAGUUUGAAAUCAAUGGAAAAAUACAUCGAGUCAGUAUUGACCAGUCUAUGAAAGUGAUCUCCAAGAAGGAAUUUGAGACACAGAAUGACAAUAGUGGCCCUACUGUUACUCAAGGUUCUCUCAGUCUCGCCAAGAGCCAAGAAGCAGUUACAAAACUUCCAGAACCGUGUUUCAAAGUUUUGGAUGAGUAUAACAUUGCUGAUGCUUCAUCAAUGCCUAAUUCCUACAUAAGGUUCAUUGAACGUUCAGCUGAAGAGAUGGAUGGUGAGGUUGAGUAUGAUAUGGACGAAGAAGAUGCAGCCUGGCUCAUGAUAAUAAACCAGAAGAGAACAUCACAAGGAGUACCUGAGGUUUCUAUUGACACUUUUGAGCUGUUAAUGGACAGAUUGGAGAAGGAGUCGUACUUCCAGGUGUUCGACUUGACCAAUAAGAUGCAGAGUAACAAGUCCGGGGACAGUGCACCUGCAGUUAUCGACGAUGAUGCGGUCUGUUGUAUCUGUUUGGAUGGUGAAUGUCAGAACUCCAACGUGAUCCUCUUCUGUGACAUGUGCAACUUGGCAGUUCACCAAGACUGUUACGGUGUUCCCUACAUUCCUGAAGGCCAAUGGCUGUGUAGGCGAUGUUUGCAGUCACCAUCACGUGCAGUUGAUUGUGUGCUGUGUCCAAACAAUGGAGGAGCUUUCAAACAGACAGAUCGGGGACACUGGGCACAUGUGGUGUGUGCAUUGUGGAUACCUGAAGUUAGAUUUGCAAACACGGUUUUUCUGGAGCCGAUUGACAGCAUCGAAACCAUUCCACCGGCAAGAUGGAAGCUGACGUGCUACAUCUGCAAACAGAGAGGAGUCGGAGCUUGUAUCCAGUGCCAUAAAACCAACUGUUACUCUGCAUUCCAUGUGACGUGUGCCCAACAGGCAGGGUUGUUCAUGAAGAUGGACACUGUCAGGCAUAUUCAUACAGUGGGCUCUGAACCGGGGCCAGUGAUGGUUCAAAAGACAGCUUUCUGCGAAACUCACACACCUCCCGACUGUGAGCCCCGACCCCGUCCUACUGGUACUACGGGCCCUGUCGACCCCAACAGACUGCAAUUGGCCAAGAAACGAAGCUCUGUGCCUGUCAUCUCCAUACCUACAAUCCCUCCAGACAGAAUCCAAGAGAUUGGUUCACUGGUCACAUUGUCCAAGAAAAGCCAGUUCAUUCAACGCUUGAUUGCAUAUUGGACACUGAAGAGGCAGUUUCGUAAUGGAGUUCCAUUACUGCGUAGGCUUCAAAGCACACACCUUGCAAGAAGAGAAGAAACAUCUAAAUCUACUAGUCAAGCUACUAGUGACAUUAGUGAACUGUACAGACAGCUCAAAUAUUGGCAGUGUCUCCGGCAGGAUCUGGAGCGGGCAAGACUCUUGUGUGAGCUCGUACGGAAACGUGAGAAACUCAAGAAGGAGUUGGUUAAAGUAAAAUCAAUGUGCACAGAAGUGGAACUUUGCCCUCUGGUCUGUUUCCUGAGAAAGCUGGUGGAUCUUCUCCGGGCUAGAGACACGGGCGAGAUAUUCAUUGAGCCUGUCGACCAGUCGGAAGUCCCUGAUUAUGGCGAUGUUGUCAAACAUCCAAUGGAUCUAUCUACAAUGAGACAGAAGGUGGAUGAUUUUGAGUACAGUUGCCUAGAAGAAUUCCAAGCUGACUUCCAUCUAAUGAUAGACAAUUGUUUGGCAUAUAACAGCAAAGACACUGUAUUCUAUCGUGCUGCCUUGAAAAUGAGGGAUCAGGGAGGAAUGCUCCUUCGUCAAGCUGCGAAGGAUUUGGAGGUCAUGGGGUUGGAAGGAGGUUCUGGAGUGCUGAAGAGGGAAACUCCUGGAGUGAACAGUGCUAAAACCGCGGCCACACCGGCUGAUGAAACUUUACCUGCAGAGAUUGACAAGCAGUUAUCAGCCAUAGCUGAUGCAUACAUUGCCAUGGGUGAAGAUGAAAUAAUGUGUAAAUUACUUCAGCUGCAGGAUAGCUGCCAGAACUUAAAACAUGGUUUAGCUCGUGCUAAACGAAUUAAAAUGGUGAAAGCAGAAAUUGCUAAAUUGAAGAAGAAGAGUAGCAGUGAAAAUGGUUUAGUGAAAGGUAAAAAGGAUGUAACUGAUUCAGGCGAAACUUCUGAAGAAGAAAGACCAAGCAACACAAAAACUGUAAAGAAGAGAACAAGUGAACCCAAUUUAGAAGAGUCGGCUUCCACCAUAACACCAGCCAAGCGCCCGCGCAGGAAGAAGGUCUGGGACGACUUCAUACAGGAACCCAUCACGAACAAGACCUGUAAUAAGAAUACCUCUUUUGAGAAAGAUGGACAAAGCAAAGGAUCAAAUACACCUACCAAGCAAUCAAGUGGUGAUCUGCAGUCCACUGCGAGCCCAUCUGGAGUUAACCGAAGAACAGCAGUUCUGUUCACAAGGAAGGCUGCAGCAGCUACCAGCAAACUGCGCAAACCCGAUGAGUCAACCACACCGACUAACACAAACAAUACUCCAGUAGUAAGAAGGAGAGGAAGACAACCAAAGAAAAACCUAGAGAGUUCUGGACUUCUUGACUCAUCUACAGAGGCGGCUACCCCUGCCAGCAAUCCCCCUGUGUGCAAGGACAGCUUCAGUGUCUACAGGAGUGGUGGAGAUAUUCGAGUGGAGAGUGAUGACGAAUCACGGUCAGAUGAUGAGUCAAGCUGCUCUGGGUGCUCGUCGAGUGACGGGUCGAGUGGGAGUGGCAGUGACAGCAGCAGUGACUACAGUGACAGUGAGGACAGUGUCACCUCAUACUCACCCACUGAGGCUCUAGAGCAAUUACAACUUGUAUGGGCAAAGUGUAGAGGCUACCCUUGGUAUCCUGCUCUCAUAAUUAAUCCUAAGAUGCCAAGAGGAUAUGUCCACAAUGGAGUACCAAUACCUUCUCCACCAGCCGAUGUCCUCGCUCUUGCCAACAACUACACCGAACCUGUCUAUCUUGUUCUGUUCUUUGAUACAAAACGUACAUGGCAGUGGCUUCCACGUAACAAACUUGAACCCUUGGGUAUCACACCUGAGCUGGAUCAGAUCAAACUCAUUGAGUCUCGCAAGCCCGCUGAUAGGAAGGCUGUCCGCAAAGCUUACCAAGAGGCAUUGACACACAGAACACAAGUAGACAAGAAAGAAGAGGAAGAAAGAAAACUAAAUGAAACAGCUGUUACUGAAGAUCAAUAGUAACUGCUGUGUCACUGAUGGUUUCAUGGUUGAUUGUAAGCUGAGAAAUGUAACAUAUUUCAAUCAGAACAAUCCGGGUUUUAAAAGUUGUGUGGUGUAGUUACAUGUUUAUUUAUUUAACAAUUAAUAAUAUAAAUGUAUAUUUUGUAUGACAGUUAUUAGUACUAGAUGUCACUAAUGACUAAAAAAGGUUUAUCAUUUUGCAUAAUUUUUUAUUUACUCAUAUUUGCAUAAUUUCUGGCCAUUUAAUUUUACAUUUCUCUAGACUUAAGUUUUUAUAUAAUGUAAUAUUAUAUUUUUUUAAUAAUUUAUCUUUUAUUUUUAAUUUAUGAUUAAGUAUGUUAUGAUUAAAGUACUGUAUAUUUGAUAUUAUUAUCACAUGAUGUCGACAUCACGCAUAAAUAUAAUCAUAGUUUAUAAUUAUUAGUUUUUUAACAUAUUUAUUGCUUUUUGAAAAAGUGUUUUAUUUGUUUGUGCUUUUAUGUUGUUAAUCAAAUUUUAUUAAAAAAUAAAUUAUUGACAUGAUAACUUAUUAUUUUAGUGUCAAUAUCAAGUUAUUGGCAUAAAUAAGAUUCAGGCAAGUAAUUUAAUUUAAUUUUUUGGUGCAGCUGGUAUUCAUUAGUAAAAUUAUCAAUGAUAAAAAAAUGUAAAUAAAUAAAAACAUUAGAAAAGAAACCCGUGGAUGUGCUGUGCUAUCUGUAGCGGUAAGAAGGUCUUUGGAUUGGCAUGUCUCCGUGAAUAUACUUUUUGAGCUAACCGUGUGAUUUUGUGUAAACGAGCAGCUCUCAGCUAGGGAUCUGCAGAGCACAUGAGUUAACAUAUUGAGUGCUGUGACCACACUAGUGCGCUCAUUACUAGUAUUGUCUAAUUACAGUAUGUAUUUCUGGCAAAAUAUAAAUCAGCAGUGAAGUUGUUAAACAUGUAUUAAUUUGUUAUUGUUGUUCUGUUACAUUUUCACAAGUAUCACUGCAAUCAGCCAAGGCUCUGAUUAAAAAAAUACAUAGGUUGAAAGCUAAUAUAAAUAUGUACUUUAGAUCAUCAUUAUUGUUAUAUUAUAUUAUAAACAAUCAUCUUACAUCUGUUGUGUAUCGUAUUCAUUUUUUACACCAGAGUUAGAAUCUCAUUGAAAAUAAAGAUUUGAAACAGCUAUUUUAAAAUUAUAAUCAAAGGCUUUUUUACAAAAAUGUAAAUAUUUUUUAUAUGUUCCACAAAUAUAACAGGUUGGCCACUCGACCAGGAAACCAGGAAUAACCCUGAAAUCCGGGAAAAUCUUAUAUCUUAAAAACAAAUUUUUCUCUUCGAAGAUCUUUUGAUUCAAGAAAUUGAGUCCUACUUGAAUCAGGCCCUGAUUAAUCUCAAAACAUUGUAUUUUAAGUAACGUGGUCCGUGAAACUGUGAACGAAGAUCGACAUAUGUUCGCGAGUCUCAUCUGACGCUGGUUGCCUCCACUAAUGUAUUGGAGUUUAUCUUUGUUAGUUCUAUCCUUGUGUUGCAGCAAGCCUCUGAACAUGUAAGUAGUCAUUGGACGAUUAAGUCGGCCAACCGAACAUCUCGAGUGUCGACCACUGUAUGAGCAGUAGCUGUAAGCGGUAAAUCAGUAGUUGUCCAACUCCUAUUUUUGAUUGUGCAGAGUUAAAAUGUACAGUGUUCACCCGAGAAGGGGACGUUUAAGUCUGACAUGAUGCACAGCAAUGACAGAAUGUGCUGUUGGCUGAGCGGCAGGAGAAAAAUUUAAUGUCUGAAAUGGGCAGCAGAUCAGUGGCACUAUGUAUUAGCGCCAUGCUGCUCACAUCUGUCACUGCCAAGGUCGAGUGUUCUCCGUAUGUGCAGCAUUAAACUUUUAAGUCGCCACUCUCACACUCACCGCCCACCACUUACCGUUCGUGUCGCUGCCGAGGCCUCAGUUGGUCAUGAACGAUUGCUCCUCACACCAUGUUCCGAUUGGACAUCACAUUACAUACGAAAACACAGAAAGUGGUGUUAUGUUUUGAUAUCACGUUCACAUACAAACCAUGACUGAAAUAGCUGCGUUUGCACUGGCAAAAAGUUAUACAAGUUUUGUGUUCUGGAGGUAACUAUGAACGGUUCUGUUCUGUGCUGGUGUCUACUUACCUUACAGAUCGCGAAUUAACUGCUUUUCGAUGAUUUCUGUAGCAGAUAACUAUCUGAUUCAUUCUUCAUAUAUUGGCCGGCAGUGGGAUAUAUUCGGAACCAUAAUACUUUCUUGGGACUGUAACCAGGCUUCUAGGAAAACAUGUGAGGAUUGUGUGUGAGUUUUUAUAAUGUCCCUGGAGUAUUUACUAGGGAUGGAUCGAUUCCAAUACUCAAUACCAUUGCACCAAGAAAGACCUUAAAUCCCAUGGCUUAGACCUAGUCUUUUAGACAACAAAACAUUAGGAACAUUUUGAGAUGUAAAUCUCAGAACUUGGACAAAAACAUUCAGACCAGCGUUUAUAAAGUGAUUUGUUCCUAUUGCCAUAGAUUUACAUUGGACUGACAGGUAGGUUGUUUAGCCAAAGAUUUAAAGAACAUUUUCUGAAACCUAAAUUUCAAAAGCAGACUUCAUCGUUCACUUAACAUUUUAUUGUAUGAGAAUCACACAAUAAACGGAAUCAAUGAAAAUAUGAAAGUUUUACAUCAAUGUCACAAAGGCACCAAAUUUAACACGGUUGAUAAAUAUGAAAUUUAUAAACGUUCUAAAAGGAAUUCAUUAGGGAACUCAUGUUAAAUAAGAAUCUUCAGUUCAGCUCCCAUUAUUUGUUCAAAAUAUUACUCCAUUGCAACAGCAUUUCGCCAAACGACCGAUCAGCUAAUAAUAUCGAUGAACUGGGAACACCUAGUUCAGUUGUCCUGUCUUCUGCCGGCCAUGAUGUUAUAACAUAGUUAAUGUUCGUGUGUGAUAGGCUUAUCAAAUGUUGUAUUUCUCGUGUUAUUUAUUUAUUCGUUGUGUUUGUGCUGUGUUCUUCAAUUUUAAACUAUGAUGAUUCCAGAUGGAUGAUGCUCGUUUUUAACAUUUACACUGACACCAGAAGAUGACAUUAAAAGCAGAAAGUAUAUUAGUGUAUAACUACAGUUUGAACUAUUUGACAAAAGUUCAUAAUUAUUGUUUUUUGCCAAUUAGUCUAUUCACGGUCAACUGCUAAUUGGCAGUAUGCAAAUCACUGAUGCUAACACAUUUUUUACUUUCUGUAUGAAAAAUGUAUAUACAUAAAUAAAUUAACAGAUUACCUUAGUUUAACAGAUAAUAUUUUGAUUAUAAUUAAUAAUUUUGAUGCUACAGUCUGUUUCAAAUAAAAUGUUAAAACUAAUGAACUAUGUAAUAGUUAUUCUUUGUAAUAGGUAUCUUUACAUUUAGAAUUAUUAUGUUGAUUUCUAAAAAGUGUACUCUACCAGUAUUACUGGUGUAAUGUUGGAUUUGAUUGCUAUGUUACAAAGAUUAAGUUCAGUAUGAGAGUCAUAGAAUGUAUGCAUGAAGGGCUGGCUCUUGUUAAAUACUCAAUAUAUUUUGUACAGGGUAAAAAAAAGUCUCCCUUUCUAUGAAACUAUAAUGGCACCAUAAUAUUUAGGGUAUUCAGAUUUUCAUUUGAUGUCAUUAGUUUUGUUUCAUUAACACAUUUAAUUUUAUGUGCUACUCAAUAAGUCUUCUCAUUUAAAAUGUUUGAUUUUCCUCCUAGCCUCACAUUUAGAGUUGAGGGGCAUAAUUUAAAAACACACAAAAUACUUUACAUUUUGUUACGGUAAUCCCCCAAUGGGCAUUACCACAUUCAGCUGUUCAAAUGUUAUUAGGGUGAGCGGAGACUUUUUCUAUCCUGUGUAAUAAAAAUGUACAAGACACUAUAGAGUAGUGUAUAUAGUAAUAUAACUAUCUGUUUUUAUAGAAUUUCUAUCUACUAAGUGAGGGACCAUAGUCAAACGAUGAGGUUACUGCUAAAAAAUUUUGAUUUCAUCCCGAAAAAUAGAGGUUUGUAGGAGUAAGUGAAAAAUAUGUAAUAGCAACGAGAAAGGGAUAAUAUACAAAUUCCUCAAAUGAUGUUAUUUUGUGUUCACUGAGAUAACUGUGGAACUUUAAGGAUAUCUGGCAUAUAGAGUGUUUCAUAAAGAGUAACCAAUAUCCAGUAAUUUUACUAGCUAGUUAAACUUAUAACAGGUGAUGUAUCUAAAUGGACACUAACUAUUGGUUUAAGGCAUUAAAAUAAGAAAAACAACAAAUGGAAAAAUUUCCAGAAGUUUUUUUAUCUGUUUGAGUAUGUUUUAUAGAAAACAUUAUUAAAAACAGUUUAAGCUACAGCAGUCAGUAUUGAAAUGUUGUACACAUAUCCCAUAAGUCUAAUUGUGAACAUAUCGAUAUUGUGUCAGGUACAGUUUCAAAAUGACAAGUUUUUAACUUUCAGUAUUAUUCAAAUAAACUUAAAGUUUUUGAUAAUAUAUCCAAGACAUCCAAUGUAAUCACAAAACAAAUACAAAAUUUGUCAAAAUCUGUCAGGAAGUUGCUGAAUUAUUAACAUUUCAUAAAAUAAUCAUAUGACUAUGCAUUGGAAUAACUAGUAGUUAUGUAAUUGGAAUGUUUUAUGCAUUUAAUAAAAAAAUCUGUAAAGAGCAAAAUUAUAGCUUAUAAAAUUCGUGUAUUUAUGAUACAUGCAGAUCCAAUACAAACGGAAUUUUUGCUUGUUGAAAGUUUAUUGGUAUUUUCAAACGCCAAAAUGGAAAUUUUCUAUGUACAAUAACCAAAAACCAAUGCAUUUUUCAGGGAAAACUCAUAGAACAUUUUUUUAAUUCCUUUAAAAAAACCUUUAUUUAAAUUUUUUUAUAAAAAUUCCAGCAUUAAAACUAAGCGAGUUAUGGGAAAAACCCAAAAUCACACUUUUGUUGAAAUUAGAACAUGUAUAUUAGGAUAUUGAUGAAUACACAUAUUGGAUAUAUUUUAGGCUUAUUUGAACUAUCACUCAUGUACAGGGUGUCCUACGAGUAACCCGACAAACAUCUCAGGUGGUUUCCUCUCAUCAAAGUAAUGAAAAAAGUUCAUAUAAACAUAUGUUCGGAAAUAUCUUGCCCAAUUUUAUGGGAAAGAACGGAAAUAAAACAAAACUGAUGUUUUUAUGGCACCAAGAUAGAUGUUAAAUUUAUCGGAUUUUAUGUAAAUGAACUUAAAAAUUGAAUAUAAUUCUGAGAUAUCACCUAUAUCUAAGAUAUCAUACAACAUUUACAAAUAUACACUACGUUUUGAGAUCUACAAUUGAUCCCUUUCUCAGGUGGAUAACUAACCUAACACAUAACUACAAUGUAGGAUACAAUAAAAAAAUAGUACCAGAACGUUGUGAGGCACCUUUCCAUUCACAUUUUUCAAUUAUGGUUUAUUUUAAAGUUUUUCUAUAUUCAUUUUUUUAGUUUUCUAAAUUUGGUUAUAUGGCAUAUAAUUUUAAAAGACUUCCUUCUUAGAUACGUCUAUCGAUUUUAACGUAGAACAAUCCAGUUUGGGAUACCCUUAUAUAAAUACUUGAAACUAUUUUGAAUUUGUUUCCAGAAUAUAAUUUAGGGGCAUUGCUCUUUGUUUCUUGGUUCUAACUCUAAUCGUUGUGACCUUAUCAGACUCACCUAAUAAACAUAUAAGAUGGAAAAGGUCAAACCAUAGCAUUGACCUUAUUUCUCUAUUUAGUUCUUUGUUUUCUUGGUCCUGAUAAGUGAAUUUUGUCAUAUUUAUGGUAUUAAGGCAUAUGAAAUAUCUUGUGUACUAUCAAAAUAACUAUUAAAAGAUUAUUUGGGCAGUUCCUGAAUAAGUAAAAAGUAAGUAAUAAAUAAGUGUAUAAGUCCAAUGUUUUAUUUUAAAAUACAAAAACUUUUUUUGUAUUUUUGUUAUGUUAUAUCUUUCUAAAGAUUUUGUUGUAUGUAAUGGUUCUGUGGAGCUAUUAUGAAUUACAUAUUAUUAGCAAGUAAUAAACUUUGUAAUUUUAAAUAUCUAAUGAGAUUUGUGUAUAUAGUAAUUUUCUGUAUACAAGAUGUGUACUAUGUGAUUGUAACUGUUUUAUAAAUAAAUCAUGAUAAUUUGUUCUCAUGAAA